UUCUUUAAAAACAAAACCAGAAAAUCUCAGUUUUCCAAAGUACGUGUGGACGUAGCCUUAGUGUGUGCAGCCAAACAUGAUGGCAGACUGCCACAGAUCACUUCUGAGGAAAGAGGAGGCGUUCAGCUUCCUCAUAGUUUCACACCUGCAUGAAGCAGCCUCACCCUGACAGCUUCAAAUCACUGUCAGCUGAUCACUUCCUGUCCUGUGAUUGGCUGAGCUUCAGGCCUUCUCUCAGUCAAACUGGAAACAGGGAUUGAGACAGUGUGAGGGUUUGUGGAGUGCCACAGUGCUGUAAUGAAUCCUGUAGUGGAAGAAGUUCUUUCACACUCUUCAUCCUGGAGCUGCUUUAUGUCCAUGAUCUGCAUGGAAACACAUCUAUGGAGAGGAAAUCCAGCUGCUGAGGGUCACAUCUGCAUCAUUGUAGCUACAGUGGAUGUUUCAGUGUCAGGACUGAAGGCGGAGCUUUGUGCGUGUCAGGGUGAGGCCGCAGCAGCCGCCUCCAACCGGAGCGCUCGGGCGUGAAACUAGGAGGAAAGCCGACGUCGUCCUCUUUCCUCAGAAGUGAUCUGUGGCCGGCCGGACUUCAUUCCACAGAUGUGCUUUAACAAAGUGUGAAGCUGAACUCUGAGCUGUGACAGUGUGAGCAGUGUGAGAGUGUCAGUAGAUGAUCAGCAGAGGAAAGUGAGAGCUGCUGUGAGCUGAUGUCCUGAAGGGCUUUUAAAGAGUCUCUGAGUUUGACAGGAACAUGAAGAUGUUUGUGGUGUUUGUGAUCCUCCUGCACGUUUCCCAGCAUGCCUCGGCUCUGGAGGUGUAUGAGGGGGUGGAGUCUGUCCUGCUGGUCUGUCAGGACACCUCUGUACCUACACGUCCAACUCUGAUGUGGACACGCCACGACCUCGAUCCUCCGAUUGUCCAUGAGCGUAAUGAUGCAGGAGAUGAACCAAGAGCCCAAAACCAGCGUUACAGGAGAAGAACGUCCAUGAAGACGGACUCUCUGAGGACCGGAGACUUCAGCCUCACUCUGAGGAACCCCAUCAUCUCUGACAGCGGCACCUACACCUGCACCAUCACUGCAUUUGGAAACACACGGACACUGACAGCAGUAGAGCUGCAGGUCAAAGUGUCCCACCCAGUCUUCACCCUGGAGGUGUAUGAGGGGGCGGAGUCAGUCCUGCUGCCCUGUCACAUCCCGUUUGUAUCUGGACCCACCACAGGGGUGUGGAGCCGCUCCGACCUCAAUCCUCCAACCGUCCACCAGCGUCAGCAGGAAGAGGACGAGCUGACAGAUCAAAACCAGCGUUACAGAGACCGAACAUCCAUGAAGACUGACGCUCUGCAGACUGGAGACUUCAGCCUCACUCUGAGGAAACCCCACAUCUUUGACAGCAGCAGCUACACCUGCACCAUCAGAGUGACGGGAGAAGAACCCAGACUGACAGAUGUUCAGCUGCAGGUCAAAGAGCCGUACAUGUUCCCAGCUGAGGCCUCGGUCCUCCUGGCCUUCCUGCUUGUUGCACUUGCUGUCAUUGUGGGUCUUUCAGUAUAUGUGAGGAGAUUACUCAACAAAGUCCCCCAGGUGAUGGCAGAUUCAGGGGUGGAGACGGUCUACCUACUUUGCAAAACUACAGCUCACCUACCUCAAGAUGCUAAAGUGGAGUGGAAGAAGAGUGACAGGAAGGUCCACGUGUAUGAGAACGGCUCUGACCAGCCUGGAGAACAGCACCAGUAUUACAGAGGCCGAACAAAGCUGAAUGAAGACCUGCUGAAAUCUGGAGACCUCAGUCUGAGCCUGAAAUACCCCACAGAGGGUGGAAUCUACACCUGCACCGUCUACAGCAGGAAGGGAAACAUCCUGCUGAAGAGAAAGGUGGAGCUGAAAGUCAGAGAGUUUGUGGGCUGCAAAGCGACCGUCAACAACAACUGCUUCCUCUGCUGACAGGAAAUGACAUCAUCCCACCUGAGGCUUUGAUUACAACAAUAAAAGAACUAAACUGCUGAGUAGAGAAAAGAUGGGUUUACUAAAACAGAGUAUCAGAUGUCAGGUCAGUUAAUGUCUUCAUUUAAUCCAGUAACAAACCAAAGGUUCCAGAUUUGAGCUUUUUGAAGUCCUGUUAUUAAGUCUGUUCAUCAUUUUCAUUUCAUUUGAUAACUUCUACCAAUAACAACCAAUUAUUUUCAAGCUGAGAGAUUUAGUGUGAAAAACAGAAGCAGGAAAUGAUGCUGUGCAGUAUAUUUGUGGAAAACAAUGAUGAGGCUAAAAUCAAAAUCACACACAGGUAAAAAUAAACACAACAUUUGUGUGUAAAUAUACGAGGUGGAACAUUUAUUUGAUGCUUUAGCUGCUACUUGUGAUACUAAAUGUUUGCAGUUGUGCUUCAUGGUUACUGAACGUAAAACAACACAAACACUGCUGAUUGUUGGUUUGUGUGUUAUUUGUGUUGUAUUCAGGUGACUAUAGAAAGACUAAUAACACAAAUAUUAUGGAUGAACACAUUUCCUGGGCUGUGUCAGGUUUUCCAUACAAACACUUCAUGUUUGGUAGUUGCAGGUUCAACAUGGUGCAUGGAUAUAUCCAGCGUCCCUCUUCUGCACGUUUCCUGUUCCUCAGUCUCAGCCUUCCUCUCUAUCUUUGUCCUGUAGACUCCUCAGCCUGAGCUGUCCCUGUCACCCACUCAUUUCCAUCCUUUCUAUUCUGCUCACUUGUUCAAAUCUUCUACUCGGCCACCUCCAGGUCGCCUCCUGUCUUUGUGUCAUGUCUCCAUCAUCACAGCCUCACUAGGCUGUAAAGCUUCAUAGUGACUUUAGCUGCUGUCCUCCUGUCACAGAUCACACCUGAUACAUGUGUGCACCCACUCCAUCCUGCCUGUACUGUCACUUCACCUCUGUUGGACUUUGCUGCUUUGUAUGGAGGACUUCAUGUAUUUAAACUGAUCUACCAUCACCACCUCGACUCCUUCAUCUUCACUGUCGUAUCUGCAGCUUCUUCACACACAUGUAUUCUGUCUUUCCUUCCUCUUCUCUUCAGAGCAUACCUCCACCUCUCCAGGCUCUCCUCCACCCACCUGCUUCCUGCUCUCACUACAGAUCACAAUGUCCUCAGCAAACAGAGCUGCUGAGACUCCUGCCUGAGCUCAUCUGCCAGCCUGUCCAUCAGCACUGCUAACAAGAAGGGGCUUAGAGUGGAUUUCUGAUGUAAUCCCAGCCCCAGCAGGAACCCAUCUUUCCCUGCUACUGCAAACCUUCCCACUGUCUCUCUGUCCUCAUACAUGUACUGCACCAACCAUUGUUUGCAUGCACACAGAAACAGUGCAGCUCCUCCUGACCUUCUCUGUACAUCUGAAGUGCUUGUUCUUGUCAUGAAGCCAUCCUGCUGCUCACACGUCACUCUUCCACCUUCUCAACACACUCUUUACAUGUCAGUACAUUUACACCUCUAUCUGUCAUCACACUAACCUGCUGUAAAUCCUUUCAGCUGGAGCUUCUUUGUAGACACUUCCCUACACUGCAGCCUGAUUACAAUGCAGACAGUCGGCUACAGUGUGGCUGGAUUUCCUUUCUUAGCGUCCUUUGCUAUAAAAUACCAGGAUGUUAGGCUGAGGCUGAGUCGCUCCAUAAUAUGAGCCGCGGCCCGGAAAGUCCAAAGAUGGAAUAUUGUUUGUUGUUCUGGAAAUUUCCCAUGAAAUAACCCAGCACUUAAAAUGACUGACGCUGUACUUAAAUGUACUUACAGUCUAAUUAUUUUAUUCUUUCUGUACAAACCUACUUGUUACACAAACUUACAGGUAACUACAGGCUACUUGUGCCUUAUUUGCAGGUCGUGUUAUAAAGUGUUACUGAAACAGCUGCUGACCAAAGUGAUGCACAUUUAAAUGAGUCAAAGUCCUGAAAUAAUUCAACAGAUUAAAACCAAAACAUAAAAUGAGAAACCAUGAGUGAAACAAACAGGAUGGUGGUGCUGAUCAUUGUUGCCUCACAGCAACAAGUUCCUGAGGUCAUUUCCACCACCUGAGUGGGGCCUUUCCCCCGACACUCCUCUCUGUGUGCUGUGAGUGUCUCUCUGUGUUAGCUGGGAUAAGGAGAAGAGGAAGAGGAUGGAGGCUGUUGAAGGUCUCUAAUGUUGCGUUUUGUUCCACAGUUUAGGAGCAGCUGCAAAGCCCUGAUCUCCUCUGUGUUUGAACCUGAUCUGGAGACAGUGAGAACCAAUAACUGAGGGCAAAAUAAGGACACUGAAACUAAAAGCAUCUACAGGGACGACUUUAUGUUAAAAACACCAAACCAUGAAGCACUGGUGCAGCUGACUCACACAGACUCUCCUCCACACUGUCCUCAGUUAUAAAGUGCUUUACAAACCCAAACAUUAUGACUAACAGCUGGAUUUUCCUGUUUCAGUGCAGCGAACUAACAAUGAGCCAACAAGGCCUCACGUAACAUCAGUCAGUGAGAGUUUCACUGUUUCAGCAGCUCUGUUCACUCACACUUAUUAAUAUUAAUGCUCAUUACAAAUGUUACAGCAGCUGAUCCACAAAUCUUUGUCUGUGUUAAUAAAGUUGGAUCAGUUCAAAUAGUUUGUUGCUCUGCACUUGAAAGCAGCAGUUUUUCUAAUGCACCACCUUCAUGUUUCCUUCAUAUUUGAAUCCCCCUGUAGAUACUGACAGGUAACCAUGUCACACAGAGCUCAAGCCUUUGAAUCCAGCUGUGAUUGUUGAUUUUCUAUUGAAUGGACUUUUUCAAAUCCAGCUGUAGGCCUGUGUUUGUGAGCUCAUUAACAGCUGUUUAUUUAGAGAUACGUGGUCCUCACAGGACAGCCACUACAAACAUAUGAUUUUAUAGAAUAUGAUGCAUUACUGCAGAUUCAACACAAUAGAAAGGAUUUGAAAUGAGCUCAGCCUUAAACAUGUGCAGCAGUAAUAUUGAUCCAUAGACACUGAUGGGAACAUUUUUCUGCACAAUAAGUACUUUGACUUUUCAGACUUUAUGUCCAAUUUGCCAGUACUGCAGUUUUGUGUGUAGUGAGGUGUUUUCAUGGUGUUUUAUUGGUGCUUUUACUAAAGGAAGGCUUCUAUCAAAUUCUUCCAAAUGUUGUCAAACUGAGCUGUGUGAUGAAGUGAGUGUGACAGAAACACUCAGACUGUGUUUCUCUGCUUCAUCAAGUCAAAUCUGGUCCUCAGAGACUGAAUAAAGUCCUGUCCCACUAACAGCAGCUCCAACAGUCUGUUCACUGCUUUCUUCCUG